GCGGCCUCAGAACCACUGGCGCCCGCCCCGCCCCGCCCCGCGCUGCCCAGCGCCGGCUCCGCAGCUCGCGCCCGCCCGCCCGCCGGCCCGCCCGGCGCCGGGCCAUGGCGCUGCUGCGGGAUGUGUCGCUGCAGGACCCGCGGGACCGCUUCGAGCUGCUGCAGCGCGUGGGGGCCGGGACCUAUGGCGACGUCUACAAGGCCCGCGACACGGUCACGUCCGAACUGGCCGCCGUGAAGAUAGUCAAGCUAGACCCAGGGGACGACAUCAGCUCCCUCCAGCAGGAAAUCACCAUCCUGCGUGAGUGCCGUCACCCCAAUGUGGUGGCCUACAUUGGCAGCUACCUCAGGAAUGACCGCUUGUGGAUCUGCAUGGAGUUCUGCGGAGGGGGCUCCCUGCAGGAGAUUUACCAUGCCACUGGGCCCCUGGAGGAGCGGCAGAUUGCCUACGUCUGCCGAGAGGCUCUGAAGGGGCUCCACCACCUGCAUUCUCAGGGGAAGAUCCACAGAGACAUCAAGGGAGCCAACCUUCUCCUCACUCUCCAGGGAGAUGUCAAGCUGGCUGACUUUGGGGUGUCAGGCGAGCUGACAGCAUCUGUGGCCAAGAGGAGGUCUUUCAUUGGGACUCCCUACUGGAUGGCUCCGGAGGUGGCUGCCGUGGAGCGCAAAGGUGGCUACAACGAGCUAUGUGACGUCUGGGCCCUGGGCAUCACCGCCAUUGAGCUGGGCGAGCUGCAGCCCCCUCUGUUUCACCUGCAUCCCAUGAGGGCCCUGAUGCUCAUGUCGAAGAGCAGCUUCCAGCCGCCUAAACUGAGAGAUAAGACUCGCUGGACCCAGAAUUUCCACCACUUCCUCAAAUUGGCCCUGACCAAGAAUCCCAAGAAGAGGCCGACAGCAGAGAAGCUCCUGCAGCACCCAUUCACAACCCAGCAGCUCCCUCGGGCCCUCCUCACACAGCUGCUGGACAAAGCCAGUGACCCUCAUCUAGGGACCCCCUCCCCUGAGGACUGUGAGCUGGAGACCUAUGACAUGUUUCCAGACACCAUUCAUUCCCGGGGGCAGCACGGCCCGGCCGAGAGGACCCCUUCGGAGAUCCAGUUUCACCAGGUGAAAUUUGGCGCCCCACGCAGGAAGGAAACUGACCCACUGAAUGAGCCGUGGGAGGAAGAGUGGACACUACUGGGAAAGGAAGAGCUCAGUGGGAGCCUGCUGCAGUCGGUCCAGGAGGCCCUGGAGGAAAGGAGCCUGACCAUUCGGUCAGCCUCAGAAUUCCAGGAGCUGGACUCCCCAGAAGAUGCCAUGGGAACCAUCAAGCGGGCCCCAUUCCUAGGGCCACUCCCCACUGAGCCUCCAGCAGAGGAGCCUCUGUCCAGUCCCCCAGGAACCCUGCCCCCACCUCCUUCAGGCCCCAACAGCGCCCCACUGCUGCCCACGGCCUGGGCCACCAUGAAGCAGCGGGAGGAUCCUGAGAGGUCAUCCUGCCACGGGCUCCCCCCAACCCCCAAGGUGCACAUGGGCGCCUGCUUCUCCAAGGUCUUCAACGGCUGCCCCCUGCGGAUCCACGCUGCUGUCACCUGGAUUCACCCUGUUACUCGGGACCAAUUCCUGGUGGUGGGGGCCGAGGAAGGCAUCUACACACUCAACCUGCAUGAACUGCAUGAGGAUACGCUGGAGAAGCUGAUUUCACAUCGCUGCUCCUGGCUCUACUGCGUGAACAACGUGCUGCUGUCACUCUCAGGGAAAUCCACGCACAUCUGGGCCCAUGACCUCCCAGGCCUGUUUGAGCAGCGGAGGCUACAGCAACAGGUUCCCCUCUCCAUCCCCACCAACCGCCUCACCCAGCGCAUCAUCCCCAGGCGCUUUGCUCUGUCCACCAAGAUUCCUGACACCAAAGGCUGCUUGCAGUGUCGUGUGGUGCGGAACCCCUACACGGGUGCCACCUUCCUGCUGGCCGCCCUGCCCACCAGCCUGCUCCUGCUGCAGUGGUACGAGCCGCUGCAGAAGUUCCUGCUGCUGAAGAACUUCUCCAGCCCCCUGCCCAGCCCAGCUGGGAUGCUGGAGCCGCUGGUGCUGGAUGGGAAGGAGUUGCCGCAGGUGUGUGUGGGGGCCGAGGGGCCUGAGGGGCCUGGCUGCCGUGUCCUGUUCCAUGUCCUGCCCCUGGAGGCUGGCCUGACGCCUGACAUCCUCAUCCCACCUGAGGGAAUCCCAGGCUCGGCUCAGCAGGUGAUCCAGGUGGACAGGGACACAGUCCUAGUCAGCUUUGAACGCUGCGUGAGGAUUGUCAACAUGCAGGGCGAGCCCACGGCCACACUGGCGCCUGAGCUGACCUUUGACUUCCCCAUUGAGACUGUGGUGUGCCUGCAGGACAGCGUGCUGGCCUUCUGGAGCCAUGGGAUGCAAGGCCGCAGCCUGGAUACCAACGAGUGCUUCCCACCCAUCUUCCCAGGUGACCCAGGAGAUCACAGAUGAAACAAGGAUCUUCCGAGUGCUUGGGGCCCACAGAGACAUCAUCCUGGAGAGCAUCCCCACUGACAACCCACAGGCGCACAGCAACCUCUACAUCCUCACGGGCCACCAGAGCACCUACUGAGAGUGGCGGGCCUGGCCAGGGGCUCCCCACCCCACCCCAUGCCUUAGCUGCAGGCCCUUUUGGGCAAAGGGGCCCAUCCCAGACCAGAGGAGCCCAGGCCUUGGCCCUGCUGGGGCUGAAGGGCAGAAGUAAUCCUGAGAAAUGUUUCAGGCCUGGGGAGGGAGGGGAGCCUCCCACGCCUCUGCAAUAACUGGACUGGGGGAGCUGCUGUCACCUCCCCUUCCCCGAGGCAGCCGAGUCCCUAGUGCCCAAGGCAGGGGCCCUGGGCCUGGGCCAUUCAUUCCAUUUUGUUCCACAUUUCCUUUCUACUCUUUCUGCCAAGAGCCUGCCCCUGCAUUUGUUCUGGGAAACACGGUAUUUAAGAGAGAACUAUAUUGGUAUUAAAGCUGGUUUGUUUUACUCCUCUGGUCCCUCUGGGUCGGGGGAGUGAAACCACUUCA